CUCACUCCAUAAAUUCGUUGCAUUCAGGCACAGGACUUCAGUGUGGCAGGAGCGGCCCCCUUGAUAUAUCCGGUGCCUCUGUGAAGUUUUAAAACUCAUAAAAAAAAGGACACACACACAUACACAUCAUGCGCGAAAUCGUCCACAUCCAGGCGGGGCAGUGCGGGAACCAGAUCGGCUCAAAGUUCUGGGAGGUAAUCAGUGACGAGCAUGGCAUCGACCCCAACGGUCAGUACCAUGGACAACACGAGAUUCAGCUGGAGAGAAUCAACGUUUAUUACACUGAAGCCUCAGGUGGGAAGUAUGUGCCACGAGCGGUAUUAGUGGACCUUGAACCCGGUACAAUGGACUCUGUGAGGUCGGGGCCGUUUGGUCAUCUCUUCAAACCCGACAACUUCAUUUUUGGUCAGAGCGGCGCAGGUAACAACUGGGCCAAGGGUCACUAUACUGAAGGAGCCGAACUGGUGGACUCAGUCGUCGAAAUUAUCCGGAAGGAGAGCGAAAACUGCGACUGCCUUCAGGGAUUCCAGCUCACACACUCCCUGGGCGGUGGCACUGGGUCGGGUAUGGGCACACUCCUUAUCUCCAAGAUCCGAGAGGAAUACCCAGACAGAAUCAUGAAUACUUUCUCCGUCAUGCCCAGUCCUAAGGUCUCAGAUACAGUGGUCGAACCAUACAACGCUACACUCUCCAUUCAUCAACUGGUCGAAAACACAGACGAGACCUACUGUAUCGACAACGAGGCCCUCUACGACAUCUGCUUCAGGACACUCAAGCUAUCUACCCCAACCUAUGGCGAUCUCAAUCACCUGGUCUCACUCACCAUGUCCGGUGUCACUACCUGUCUCCGAUUUCCUGGCCAGCUGAAUGCCGAUCUGAGGAAGCUUGCUGUCAAUAUGGUGCCUUUUCCUAGGCUUCACUUCUUCAUCCCAGGUUUCACUCCUCUUACUGCGCGAGGGUCACAACAGUUCCGCAAGAUGACGGUAUCUGAACUGACGUCACAGAUGUUCGACGCCAAGAACAUGAUGGCAGCGUGUGAUCCCCGCCACGGCCGCUACCUCACUGUGGCUACCGUCUUCCGCGGCCGUAUGUCUAUGAAGGAGGUGGACGAACAGAUGCUCAGCGUACAAAACAAGAACUCCGCCUACUUCGUCGAGUGGAUCCCCAAUAAUGUCAAGACUGCUGUGUGUGACAUCCCUCCCAGAGGCAUGAAAAUGGCCGCCACCUUCAUCGGAAACUCCACUGCUAUUCAGGAACUGUUUAAGCGCAUCUCAGAGCAGUUCACAGCCAUGUACAAGAGGAAGGCUUUCCUCCACUGGUACACGGGCGAGGGUAUGGACGACAUGGAGUUCACAGAGGCUGAAUCCAACAUGAACGACCUGGUAUCUGAGUACCAGCAGUACCAGGAGGCCACCGUUGAUGACAGCAUGGAAGACGAGGAGAUGGAAGAAGACGAACUAGAGUACGAUUAAUAACUCCUACUUAUUAUAAUAAAAAAAACCCACAACCAAACCGUCCACUGGAAAGCAUCACCAACCGUCCACUGAAGAGAACGUCACACUGUCCAACACUGAACUUACGAACGCUGAUAACUGCCCCCCUCCCCACCCUAACGUAAAGAAUGCUGCAGAGAACGAGAAUAUGAGACAACGAGUGAACAAUUAGAACGCUUUUAUCUGGACAUAUCAACCAUUUAAAAUCAACAACACAAUCACCCGUCCAACAAACACUCAAACCACGACCAACCAGGCACCGUAUAGACAAGAUUAAAGACCUAGAUGACGUAGACAAAACUAUUUACAAACAGACAACGUAUAGACAACAAUACAGACACCAUAAACAAAUACAAACAACAUGCCACUGCAAAUAUCGCAAACAACACAACAAACUAAACAAAAAAUGAAGACAUGAAACAAAUCAGUCAGUUGAAGGCAAACAAAAAUACUAAACUUGACAAAAGAUACAUAAAUGCAAAUGACUGACUCGGAAUUUAAGAACAGGAAUUAAUAGCCAAUCGAGAGGGGAGAACAGCAUGAACAGAGGGGAGAAGAACAUAACACGAUAACAAAAAACACGCAAGCCCAGCCAGAACUUAUUACGUGAACUAUGAAAAUACAUCAAUCUAAUACUUUCUCCAGACAACAUAGUGGAGGCUAUUGACUGAAGUUUCUCCGUUGUCUUCAGUAUAAUAACAAGUUUUAAUGACGUAUUUAUGAUUUAGUAGAAUUAAACAAAUAGAUUAUGAAUUUAUAGUGAAAAUAAUAUUUCUACUACAUGCGUCAAAUGGUGUUAAUUUGUAUUGAUAAUGUAAACUGGUAAAUAAUAAUGUGGAUAUAAUUAAUAUAUAAUAACGUUUCAGUGUCUUACUAUGCUUUAUUCCUUCCAAUAAAUUAUAAUUUAUGUACUCUAAUUUAAUUUCACUCAUUUUCACUAUAAAUCAUAAUGCAAAGAUACUCUUAGCACUUGUAAUUUUUGUACGAUACGUUGAUGAAAAACUCAGUGUUUACGAGUAUAUUGCCAUUACCUUUUGUAUAUGUGCUGGUGCAGGGGAUUCAUUGGCUACCCAGCGGCAGCAGAAGCCCACUACCAUAACCCACUCGCUGUUUACACACUACGGGGAAGGGUUUACCUCCUCCAUGUGCAGUAGUCAAUGUCCCCAGGGGCACCAGAGCUCACCGCGGCCUGCCUUAACAGACAUAGGACACCCCCACCCUCUAUUAUAGGAGUGGUUGGCGUCGGCAGCUCAAACAGGCUUUUAUAAAACCCACGAGUUGGACUAUCUCCUGAAGCGACGCAUAUGUAUGUAUUCCGUAACAUUGUCACUAAAAGGGCUUUUCUCAAACCAUAAGUUGAACUGUUCUCAUAAAGUAAGGGUCAUAUACGUGUAAUGUUAUCACUGAUUAGCGAGUUGUCACAGCAUCAGCAUCUGGCGUCACUAUUUUAAUGUGUUUUCUAGUGAAGAAUAUUUAAGUACUAUCAUACGUCGAGUAAACUGUGUUCAUAUUUUAGUCUAAAUUAAUUACCUACUAGGAAUUUUGUUACUUAAUUGCUCACUAGCUGUUCUGAAUUGAUUUAUAUCUUCUUGUAACUUUCACACUGUUGCCCUAGUUAAAGAUCAAACGCAUGACUUUGAUUACAGUACAUUGUUUACAAGAGGAAAUCAUUUUGUUUACAGUUCAUCACGCUGCGUCAGAGGAAAACUUAACUGACACUCAUAAACAGCACAUAUAAAAAUAUGAUCAUUACCACACCUCAGUUUCUCAAAGAUUCCUAAGUUAAUUCCCCCCUUUAAAGUCUAAAUGGUUUCGAAUACUAUUUUGGCCAUAAAAUAAAUGAUCCAAUUCCAUAAAUUUUUUACACCUACAGUUUAAGUAAGAAAAGAAUUAACCUACAAGCCUUUGAGAAUCUGGGACUCUUAUUCUCCUAUGGCCUAUAUCUGUUGGCCUACCUUCCUUAUGUCAUUUAAUUCUCUCUGGCCACGUGGCUUGUAUCUUACCGAUGUGAUUAUUGUAUUCUUCAACUAUAGAUGCAUUUAUUUUAAGGAGUGAGAAUGAAAGUGUCAUGUCAGAUAAAUAAAGUGUAAGAUUAGCGACUUAAAAUGACACGUGUGAAAUUCCUACGUGUUGUUGAUGACUGAUGUACUAACUUAUGUGUUGAAAUAUAAUGUACUAAUAGUUGUUGAAACGCAAUGCAGUAAUACAUUAUACCACCAACAUCAUACAACACAGUAAUGUUUUCAGUUCGUCAUUUUUCACGAUUACAAAUAUCCUCUUUUUAUCUGUUAUAAUUGUAUCAUUAUUGUUAAUAUUUUGUAAUUGUUGAUUCGGUUAGUUUUGCUGUUUGCUAUCAAGGCAUCGGCACAUUUUUGGUAAGAGCUUUACUGCAGGAGUGGAGAGUCUUCAAGUUUCUAAAAAGGAUGUCAGAUGGUUUUUGUAGGCGUUGGAGUUUGUGUCAAGUAAAGCAUCACAUUCC